GACUGGCAGGUAGGUAUAAUAUAAUAUUAUUUAUUUUAUAUUUUGUAAACACAAACAUGAAGUGUGUUUCUUUCGCUACGAAAUUAAGAUUAAAUACGUUUUACGAGUGUACGCUUCGCCGACACCAUCAGAUAUUCAGAUUCUGAUGAGUUGAGACGAUUCCAACGCAUUCGUCAUCAAGAAGGUUCUUAACCGGCCCCCAAAGUCGGAAGUAUCGAUCAUGUUACCAAACUUUAGUCCGGUCGUCCAGACACUGUUCGGCACUUUGUUUACAUGGGGCUUAACGGCUGUCGGGUCCAGUUUAAUACUGGUAUUCAGCGGUACUCAAAGAAAGCUACUAGAUGGGAGCUUGGGAUUUUCAAGUGGUGUGAUGAUAGCGGCAUCGUAUUGGUCACUGUUAGCACCAGCAAUUGAACUUGCUGGACAGGACAGUACUUAUGGAAAUGACGGACAGUUUUCAUUUAUACCGGCACUUGUUGGUUUUGUAUUUGGUGCAUUUUUUGUGUAUUUAUCAGACUUAAUCAUAUCAAUGUAUGAAAUGGACGUACUUAAUAUUUUAAUACCUGAAGCAAACCAGUGUUCAAAAAAGAAGUUCAAAUGUGAUUCUGAUACAGAGCAUACUUAUUAUAAAGACAAUCAACAAUCAAUUGGAAUUACAGAUGAAAUAUCAGAUGCAAGACAGCGAUGCUAUAAAUCUACCCAUCCGCCACCAGAAUACACUGAAAUAGAAUGUGAUAAUGAUGUGAAAGCAUGUAGUUGGAAACGUAUACUAUUACUCAUUAUCGCUAUCACUGUGCACAAUAUUCCUGAAGGCCUUGCUGUUGGCAUAGCGUUUGGAGCUGUUGAUUCAUCGCCUUCUUCUACAUUUAAUAGUGCCAGAAAUUUAGCCAUGGGCAUUGGCAUACAAAAUUUUCCGGAAGGAUUGGCUGUCAGCUUACCCUUGCAAGCAGCCGGAUGUUCGAAGUGGAAAAGCUUUUGGUACGGACAGCUUAGCGGCAUGGUGGAGCCGAUCGCCGGACUCGUGGGCAUAUUCGCCGUUUCGUUUAUCAAGCCGCUGUUGCCUUACGCCCUGGCGUUCGCCGCGGGUGCGAUGAUUUACGUGGUCGUCAACGACAUCAUACCAGAGUCGAAUUCCAGUGGCAACGGGAAGCUGGCCAGUUGGUGCUGUAUCGUGGGAUUCGUUGUGAUGAUGUCAUUAGACGUGGGACUCGGUUGACUUCAUUAGGUAUUACCCGUCAUUUUUUCCUACACUGACCCAUAUUAUUAUUAAUUUUUUUUUUUUUUGAUUCACCUAUCCUAUAUUUAAUGCAAUUUAUUUAUAGACUUUAAUUUAGUUUUAUGUGCUAAUCAAUGCAUGUUUAAAAUAUAAAAUAUUUUUAUUUA